UCAUUUCCUCCAGCAGGGACAGAAUGACACCACGACUGCAGCUCUUCAUCACUUUACUGCUUCACUUUGAAGCAGGAAUCAGUGAUGGAAUCGUUCUCCAUCACAGAGCUGGAGAUGACGUCGUUUUACCAUCUAACGUUAAUUCUUCAUCCGACCCAUGUUCUACUGACUGGAUUUAUUACAAGAUUCAAAAUGCAGACGUAGACAUCAUGGUUCAAAAUGGAAGUAUUGAGAAGAUGUCACCUGGAGCUGACAGGAUGAGUUUGAGCAGUAACUGCUCUCUGAUCAUCAACAACAUCACUGCUGAAGAUGCUGGUCGUUACAUCUGUUGGAUUGGACAUGAUGAUUUCUAUGAAACAUAUGUGUAUCUGAGUGUUUUAACAGUCUCUCCAUCUCCACCAGAUGUGGAUACAGGAAGGGAGGGAGAUGUUACAUUACACUGUUCUCUAAUGAGAUACAGUGGUUUGGGUCCCUGUGAGCAUAACAGCAUCGUCUGGGUCGAUGAGACAGGAACUGUGCUGCUUGGUGAAGGUGAUGGGUUUGUGUCUGGAGGACAGAACAACUGUGUUUCUGAUCUGAUGGUGAAACAUCAGAGAGGCUCCGAGAGAAGAUUCACCUGCCAGGUUGUUGAAGGAGACAGAGUGAAG